GAGCGCGACGAGGCGCAGGAGGCGCUGAAGACGGCCAAGAAGCAGCAGAAAGACGGCGACGCCGUGCUCGGCAAGCUGGAGAGCAAGAAGGCCGCGAUCGAGCUGACGCAGGCCGAGUCGCUGGCGUUCCUCGGCGAGAACGCGGUGACGGGGGCGAACAAGGCCCUGAAGACGGUGAUGAAGCUCGGGAAGGACCUCGGCGUGGACGUCUCCCUGCUGAGCGUCCUGCCGCAGGUCGUCAAGAAGACCAAGGAG